AUGCGAAAAACACGUUUUAAGAACGCUAAUAGCGAAGCGGUUCCCUACGAUGGUAUUUGGAUUGAUAUGAAUGAGCCGGCCAACUUUGGUACAAACGAAAAGGAACCAUUCUAUUACAAUUACAUGAAUCAUUCUAAAAUUCCUCCACUAUCAUGUCCAGACUCAGAAUGGGAUGUGCCACCAUAUCCAACACAUGCUGCGUUUCUAUGGAAGUCGCAACUUGCAUCAAAGACACUGUGUAUGCUAGCACUGCUUGGUAAUGGUACUCAGCGUCAUUAUAAUGUUAAAAACUUGUAUGGUCUGAGUGAAGCGAAAAUAACGAUUCAAGCUCAGUACAAAGCAACAAAAAAGCGUGGGCUUGUAGUAUCAAGAUCUACAUUUCCUUCCAGUGGUCGUUAUGCCGGCCACUGGCUAGGUGAUAAUACAGCCCAAUGGGAAGAUCUUCGAGCUGCUUGCAUCGGAGUUCAGGAAUUUAAUAUGUUUGGCAUCCCGUGA